AUGAAGAAGGAUUCUGAGGAAUUUGUCAGGCGUUGUAAGAAAUGCCAGAUGUUCGCCCCUAUCAUCCACCAGCCAGCUCGGGAUCUUAGCCCUCUCACAAGCCCUUGGCCUUUCUCUCAAUGGGGCAUGGAUAUCGGUAACAGACAAGCCGAGGCUGCAAACAAAGCAAUUUCAUCUAGACUUAAGCGCCGACUCGAGUCACGCCGAGGUAAGUGGGCCGAAGAGCUACCUAGGAUACUCUGGGGCUACCGUACUACACCUCGGCGAUCCACCGAUUGCACCCCCUUCUCCUUGGCAUUUGGAAUGGAGGCAGUCAUCCCCCUCCAAGUCGGGCUACCGACAAUGCGUAUUAAAAAUUUUGACGAGUUGGUGAACAACAACAGCAUAGCCUCGGAUCUUGACUUGGUCGAGGAGGAAUAUGAAAACACAAGGAUCAAGCUUGCGUCAUACCAACAGGAGGUUGCCAAGGGCUACAACCGAAGUGUCUAUCUUCGGUCUUUGAAAGUAGUGGAGAAGUCCAAGAAAACGAAGCUAAUGCCCAACUGGGAGGGUCCCUUCCGCAUCCUCAAACACCUCAGCUCUGGUAAUUACAAGCUAGAGAAGUUGGAUGGCUCUCCCAUUGCCAAAACCUGGAAUGCCAACAACUUGAAGAAGUUCUAA